UUUUUGUUUUUGUUUUUGUUUGUGUUAUUGUAAGCUUUUGUACUACUAUAAAUUAAAGUGAACCACAUAAACAAACGGAGUAGCAAUAUCAAGUUACAAGUAGAAAAAAAAAACGUAAAAACAAACACAUACACACACAUACACACCCACAAGCACACACUCCGAAGACAUCAUAUUAACAAAGACAAACAAGAGGAAACAGAAUCAAGCAAAAUGGCCUCCGGCCAGAGCAACAACAACAGUCCCGACCCCCUGUACGAUCUGUCAUUGAUGGCCGUUGUCAACCGCCUGGACUGUAAAGUGCCGACGCUGGAGCGCAUCAGCAAGCUGCCAGAGCUACCGGACAAUCUGCUGAUCGAUGUUUACGAGCUGAUGUCCCAGCAAGCUGACCUUAAGGACACACUAUUGGAAGAGCUGUCUCAUCUAGAUAUAUUCCGUCGUCUGGUCCGCUACACAUCGGCCCGCGGCAAGCUGCUGCGCAUUGUGGCAGCUCUGAUGGCCAGCAACAAGGCGCUGCCGCGACGCCUCAGCGAUGCCUAUGUGGGUCGCUUUGCGCCGCCCGAUAUGGGAACAGACGAGAGUGAAUUGGCUGAAGCUAAACCAGCCGAAACGGGCACUGCUGCUCCAGCUACAGAUGCAGCUGUAGGUGGAGCCGAAACCACUGCCACAAUGGACGUAGUUGCUGUUGCAGCCAGUUGCCUGAAUUGCAUGACGCCUAAAGAGGAUCAAGCAGUGGCCGAAGCCGGAGCCUUGACCAUGGACGAAUUGCCCGAUGAGGAUGUCGGGGCCAUCGAUUUGGGCCUGCGCUUGGGCAGCUUCCUCUCCGAGGCGGGCUGGAUGCAGGAGAGCAUUGCGGUGCUCUCCUGUCUCAACGAAAGACUGAAGAGAAUGCAGACGUUUCAGGAUGGCAUAAUCACGCGUCUCGAUUGCCUGCAGCGCCUGCUCUACGCAGAGUCUUCACAUUGCAACUUCAAGCUCGCCCAGAAGACAUACGCCGAGCUGAUGGAGCUAAACGGCCUGCUGACUGACUCGGUGCCGGCGCCGCUAGUUGCGAUGGCCUACACCCAAAUCUCGUCCAUGUACUUUGCGCGCAACGAGUACAACAACAGUCACAUGUGGAGCGUGCAGGCCAUGCGCCACUUGGAGGCCUCAGCGCCCACACGUGUGGCGAUCGAUGUGCUGCGACAGGCGGCCAAGGCGUGCGUGGUGAAGCGCGACUUUGCGCGGGCCAAUUUGCUCAUCUGUCAGGCGGUGCGGCGGGCUCGUGAACACUUUGGCCCCAAUCAUCAGAAAUACGGCGAUGCACUGCUGGAUUACGGUUUCUUUUUGCUGAAUGUGGAUUCGGUAUUCCAAUCGGUUAACAUUUACAAGGAGGCGCUCGCCGUGCGCCGCGGCAUCUUUGGCAACAUGAACUUCCAUGUGGCCAUUGCCCAUGAGGAUCUGUCGUAUGCCUACUAUGUCCAUGAGUAUAGUACCGGUGACUUUAGCUGUGCCCAGGAGCACGUCGAUGAGGCGGUUAAGAUCAUGAAGAAUCUGGUGCCCAGCAAUCACUUAAUGCUGGCCUCAGCCAAGCGCGUGAAGGCGCUGCUGCUGGAGGAGAUUGCAUUGGACAAAAUUGCCGACGGCAUGGAUGAGGAGGGUCUGCUGCUGCAAUCGGAGGAGUUGCACAAUUUCGCAUUGCAAUUGUCGCUGGAGGUGUUCGGCGAGGUGAAUGUGCAGACGGCCAAGCACUAUGGAAAUCUGGGGCGGCUCUAUCAAACAAUGAAUCGCUUCGAGGAGGCGGAGCGUAUGCAUCAAAAGGCGAUCAGAAUUAAGACGGAUCUGCUCGGUCCGUAUGACUACGAGGUGGGCCUAUCCAUUGGCCAUCUUGCAUCGCUCUACAAUUAUCAAAUGAAGAAAUUCCGUCAGGCUGAGGACUUAUAUUUGCGCAGCAUCGACAUAAGUUUGCGUUUGUUCGGACGCACCUAUUCCGGGCUGGAGUAUGACUAUUUGGGCCUGUGCCAUGUCUAUGAGACCUUACACGAGUUUGAGAAGUAUUUGCGAUAUGCUCACAUUCUAGAAAACUGGCAGCAGCUGCGCGGUCAGAACAUCACACAGAACCAGUCCAGCUAUCCGGCCAUCGAGGUGGACUACACCAUUGAUCAGGUCAAGUCAAAGUUCUUCAGCAUGAAUAUCAAGCGUGUGCCCACUCCGCCAGAGCCCAAGAAUUGAGAUUCAACUGGAAGAUUAAGAAAACAUAAUGAGAUGGAUCAAAAUAUAUAUAUGAGAUUUGGG